GGAGACGGUUGCCAUGAGUUUCCUGAAGCGGUUCCCGCCGCCGGCCGAGGGGAUCCGGCAGCAGCAGCCCGACACUGAGGCGGUGCUGGGAGGUCGCGGGCUGGGCACCGGGACGCUGUACAUCGCUGAGAGUCGCCUUUCAUGGUUAGAUAAGUCUGGACUGGGUUUCUCCUUGGACUAUCCCACCAUAAGUUUACAUGCUGUCUCCAGGGACCUAAAUGCCUAUCCAUGGGAACAUUUGUAUGUCAUGGUGAAUGCCAAAUUUGAAGAGGAAGAGCCAAAAGAAACUCCCAUGGCUGAAGGGGAAGAGGAGGAAGACAGUGAUGAUGAUGAUGAACCAAUUGCAGAAUUCAGAUUUGUACCCAGCGACAAAUCAGCCUUGGAAGCUAUGUUUUCAGCAAUGUGUGAAUGCCAAGCCCUACACCCAGACCCUGAAGAUGAAGAUUCAGACAAUGAUUACGAAGGAGAGGAGUAUGACGUGGAGGCCCAUGAACAAGGACAAGGCGAUAUCCCUUCCUUCUACACAUAUGAAGAAGGGUUGUCACACUUAACUGCAGAGGGUCAAGCCACUUUGGAGAGAUUAGAGGGCAUGUUAGCUCAGUCUGUCAGCAGCCAGUACAACAUGGCUGGAGUGCGAACAGAAGAUUCAGUGAGAGAGUUUGAAGAUUCCUCUUGUGGCACUUCCAGAAUAAGCUGUAAAACUGAAGGCAUUGCAGUGACUAUUGGGAAUUAACCUCUUUAAUAACUUCUCUAUUAAUGACCUAAGCAUGGACAUCUACGUCUGUAAAUGCUUUUAUAGAUGUGCUUAAAACAGAGUUUGACAUUUCUGUGACCACCGUGGGGUUUUUAUUUAAAAGAUAAAAACAAUAACACCUCUUAUCUAAUGCUUGAAUGGGGCUAAUCAUGGCUUGUUUCUAGGAAGCCUUUGUAGGAAUUCUAGGAAUUAAGAAACAAAAUUGUAAUUAGAACAGAAUUCUAGGUUGUCCUAGAAUUUGUCCAUAUUUUUAUAUCUGUUUAUCCACUGAAUCAGCCAUGUCUGAUAGAAACAGGAGUUUAGUAAAGAAAAAUAAGGUCAGCUGAGGAUGCAAAGCAAAACUAACUAAAUGUUUAGCCCUCCAAGUAACUAGCUUUAUCUGUUCAGGUCUUUUGUCUGUCAUUUUUUUACUGACAGAGUUUGGGUAGGGGAGAGGCUAGAGUGAAGUCCCACAGAUGAGACUUGUUUUUGUGUCUUUGUAAUAAACAUUAACAAAAUUGUUUAAUAAACUUAGACUUUUGUAUCUCACAA